AUGGCCUGCUGCGCUACUAGCUUCUGUGGCUUUCCCACAUGCUCCACCGGUGGGUCCAGCUGUUGCCAGCCCUGCUGUUCCCAGUCCAGCUGCUGCCAGCCCUGCUGCUCCCAGUCCAGCUGCUGCCAGCCCAGCUGCUGCCAACCAAGCUGCUGUGGAACUGGCAGUGGCCAGGAAGGUGGCAGUGGAGGCGUGAGCUGCCGCGUUAGAUGGUGCCGCCCAGACUGCCGCGUGGAGGGCACCUGCCUGCCCCCCUGCUGUGUGGUGAGCAGCACACCCCCAACCUGCUGCCAGCUGCACCAUGCCCAGGCCUCCUGCUGCCGCCCAUCCUACUGUGGACAGUCCUGCUGUCGCCCAGCCUGCUGCUGCUACUGCUGCCCCCCAAGCUGCUCUGAGCCCAGCUGCUAA